AUGCGCCGGCUCUGGCGCAACACCUUUGACGAGGUAUCGAAGGGUGGCGGCAUUGCGCCUCGAAAGUUGAUCCUCGAGAACUGGCACCCCCGCCCGGUUCCGACGUUCCAGUCGCAAGAGCGGAAGAACUACCGCUCUAUGCUCGAGUCUUAUGAGGUCCACCUCAUGACCUCCACCCUCGACGGCGGCCGCGCACGCAAGAUGAUCACUCGCACAGGCGGGUACGUCCACGCUGUCCAUCGGAUGGGCGAGUUCUUUUUCCGGGACAUGGACGGUCUCGAGAAAUUGACCGUUUCUAUGGGCGGGUUGGGGAUGCCCUCAGACUCCCAGGCUUCGGUGAUGUUUGGAGUGGCAAGACACGGCGCCUAG